UGGAAUGUUUCACUGGUUUCCUUGGGAACAAGCAAACCUCAUAGAAGUAGCUAUACCAUGUACUUUGUGGAGCUUAUAAAAUGGUUUUAAAAAGAACAUCUUAGAAGUCUACUCAUCUGAACUGCUGAUGUCAUGCCUUCUACUGAUCUUGAGCCUCAACACGGGAGGUAGAAGGUGAUGAACAUUCUGCAUGGCAGGGAAGAACAAAAGAAGCAACCUUACGGACCUUUUAGAUGGAGUGGAAAAGGCCCACAAAGCUGAGAUUCAGCUUUACACCUCAGGCCAUUUAAAUCAUAACAAGCUUUACAAGCCUGAGCAAUCGAUAAAGCGCAACUACUGGGAAAGGGCCAAAAAAUCUGCAAUAAUCCUCACGAAAAGAACCCAGUUCACAUCACCCAGUGAAGUAUCCCGAAAGACAAAGAAUACUUUGACCAGCUGUGAUGACGCAACACCCACUCCCACCCGAGCCAAAUCUGCUUCUCAUUCAUGCCAGCAACCUCGGGCUUCCAAGGCCAGCUGUAGAUCUCCAGUAGGUACUUCCUUCGGCACCACCUCUCUCAAACUGCAAAGAAAGGAGGCAGAGGAAGGAUUUGGCACAUUUCGAAAGCAACUUAUAAGGGAAGAGCUGGACGUUCCAGAGAUGAAAAUGCUGAAAUACAAACCAACAAAGAACAGUCGGCUUUGCCUUAUGAGGGAGGCAAAAGAUGAAUACCAGUUCCUUCCUUCUUACUUGGCUGGUGUGACCAAAACAGACCAGUUUCAGAAGUUCAUGCAGUUUCAGAAGGAUGUUAUUGCAAAGCAAGAUUUGCUGGAAAAUGAUUAUAUUGGGAGCAGGUCAGCGGAGCACCAUGAACGGAAGUUGGCUCAGGCACUUCAGAAUAUCUGCGACUGCAAUCAUCCGCAUUUCUACCGAUUGCAGGCUGUUAGUGACGUGUUUGAAGAUAUCUGCAACAGCUCUUUAAUAUUUGGCGACAUACUGAAGGAAGUGAAAAAUGAAUAUGAACUCUACAUGGUGAUCCUGCUGGAUUCUCUCCCUACAAUGCAAUACAAAACUUUGCAGAAAGAAGUAAAAGGCAUGGAGAAGAGGAUAGUGAUGACUCAUGAUAUAGAAGAGAACAGGCAUGAUGUGCAGAUUCUUGUGCAUAAAUCUAAAUUGGCUUUAGCAAGAAAUGAAGAACUCAGAAAUGAAUUAGAAAUGGAACUGUGGGUGAGCCAGUCUCACUCAAGAAUGGCAGAAAAGCUGUGUGACCAGGCAGGGAAAGCAGAGUCUCCUGUUCUUUCCAGUGGUGAGCAGCUUGCAUCCUUGAGGUGUCAAAUUCUCAUGAAGUGGGAGGAGAUUCAAGCAAUGGAAAAAGAAAUUAAAGAUACUAUGACUUUUGCUGGCAUUGCAAACAUCAGAGAGAAGACUGUUAAAGAAUUAGAGGGUGAAGCAUCAAAGCUCCAGGCAUCUAACAAGUUUCUUAAAAAACAAAUAAGGGAUGCUGAGCUUAAUAUCACAAAUUCAUUACAGAGGCAGAAGUUUAGCAAUGAGAACCAGCGAUUUUUGUGGGAACUGGUGAAGGACUUCUUGACACCUGAAGGAAAAGCAGACUCCUUUUACUACCUAGAACGAUCAUAUUCUGAUGUUUCUUUGAUAUAAGAAAGGAACACCACUGUGAAAAAUGAAUGAUGAGAGAUCUUUGAACUUGUGUAUUGUAUGCUACUUGAAAAAACAAACAAACCAGAAAGAUGUCUCAAUUUUUUGCAUAUGUGGCCAUGUAUCAUGAUUCUAUAGAAUGAAAUUGUUGCUUGCCAUAGAGGUAGUCAUUGUGAUUGCUGCUUGUUCUGACAGAGAAUCUGCCACCAUACUUGAAGUUUGUUGUGGCAAAUCUGGGUUCUGUUGCCAUAAAUAACUGAAUUUUUUAAUUACUUCGCAUUGUCUGGGAAGUUAACUGAUUGGCAGAUUGAAGAUACUGCAGUAGCAAAAUAUUAACUAUUUUCUGCUUCAAAGAUAAUUAAGUCCAGAAUAAUCUUCCAAACAAUUCAAUGGAGUGAGAGAAACAAUUGUUUGAUUGUUUUCUCUUUAUUAGAAUGAGACUUGGAUUUAUUUCUUUAAAUGUUAUUAAAUGGCACGUAUUAACCAACCCUUUAACUGUGACAUUAAAAUCACACACUGGCCUAUCUUCUUCCAAUAUCUGUUCCCAGUUUUCCAUAGAAUUAGGUUUUAGGGUGCUUCAUUAGAUUCCAGAAUCUCUUUAUUUGAUGUUGGAAAGGUUUAAGUCCCCCCCCCCAAAUGUAGUAUACAAUUAUGUUUAUGCAGUUGCUAUUGUUGUUUUAAAAAGAAAAACCAACAGUUGAAAGGACCAAUUUAUUAAUUCAUAUGGUAAAAAUCAAAACAAAGAGCAAUUAGCUGUUCAUCGGGGGUCUGUCAGAAAAAAGAAUAGCUCACAUCUAUUACACUUCCUUAGAUAACAUAUUUUGCACCAUCAUAGGACACCAUGUUCAGUAGCUCCUUGGAGCAAAUCAUCUAAGAGACUUCAAUAGAUAAUACUUUUCUCUCUUUUUGUUUGUUAGUUUGUUUUACAAACUUUCACAAAAUGCUCAUUACUUGAAAUAUAUUGGCAUUUAUUCCAACUGGAUUAAUAGAUUGGUCACCUAUAUUUCUUGGUGUUCCCUUUGUUUCUGCUGUGGAGUGAUGUCCUUUUGAUGCAUUUGUCUAUUUUGUUUACUUAGCAAUACCCUGUACACCAACAAUGAAAAUAUAAAGA